CAGAUAUCUUUGAAAGGGCUACAUUUUGGUGUUUCACCCAAACAUCUGCUAAUUUUGAUUGAUCGUUGAAAUUUGUAUAUACCAUUGUGUUUUGUUAUAACUGGGAUUUAAUUCUACAUCAGGGAUGGACGUACCUAUUCAUAAUCCAAUAAUUCCCUAUGUAGGGGCUAUAGUUGGUGGGAUGUAUUCUGGUCAACUGGUAAGGGUACACGGUGUGUCACAUCCAAUGGCUCAUUGCUUUGCAAUAAACCUUCAGUGUGGCCCUAAUGUAAAUCCACGAGAUGAUGUAGCACUACACUUGAGCCCAAUAUUUUCUCCUCCUCCACGCAUUGUUCGCAAUUCCAUCCAGUCACAGCAGUGGGGAGUAGAAGAAAGCCAUGGACCAUGCUUCCCAUUUUCUCCUGGUCAAGGAUUUGAAAUUCUAAUUAUAGCAGAAGCUGGAUGUUUCAAGUUUCAGAUGAAACACAAGAAGCUCAAGAAACUCUACAAACAUAAACAUAAGAAAGGUUGGCAUGGAAAAAGCAGCAGUAGUAGUAGCAGCAGCAGCAGCAGCAGUAGCAGUAGUUCCAGUGAAUAGGAAUAAGCACUAUAUAAAGCAAGCGCUAAUUUCUCUUGAAUUUUUCCUGCAAAUAAUAUAUUUUAGAGGAAAACAAAAAAGAGCUACAUUUUUUUCCUAUUGUCAUUUGUAUUUUCUUAAAGCACAGAAGUAUUUACCUUUUUUGGGGCAUCAGCUAUAACUUGCUUAAACUCUGAAUUAUUCUGUUUUGUUUUUACAGUGCAUAAAAUGACUUGUGUAAUGGCCUGUUAUGUCACUUCAGUUAAAACUAUUAUGAUUUUCAAGUUAAUAUCUGAUCAUACUGUGCUGAAAACAGCCUGAUCUACUAACUUGACUCAAAAUUAGACUAGUUUCCAUUAAUAAGAGUGGCCUAAAUUAUUACUUUAAAUUCAGAUUAAUAAAAUCUACAUAUCUCUGAAAUUAACAUGGCCAUUUUCAUUUAAAAAUCAGCAUAAUUUAUUAAAUUGAUUUUUGACUGGUUUCAGUUAAAACGACCACAUGAUGUUUUGAAUUAGCUUCGUACUGGUUUGAUAUAAAACCAGCAAUACUUAGUUAACAUCAAGCUCCCUUUAGCUGAAACUAGAAUGGAAUAGUAAAAUUAAAUUCAUAUGCAUUAAUGAAGACAUUUCAGAUGAAUUUCUUGAAAAGACUGCAUUGUGGGCUGUUUAUCUGAUCUUAGUAUGGGAUACCACAGUAGAUUCAUCUACAUGCAAAAUUGUCAUUGCUCUGAAGAUGUUAAUUGUUGUUCACAGUUUAAAUAUCAAUGUUCUAAUUCAUUAGGAAUGUAAAAUUAGUAGCUUAAACUAUUAAAUUUUUAAAAAUAAAAUAAAGUAUAUAUAUAUAUAUCUAUAUAUAUGUUUUAUUGUAAAUUUAAGAAGAUAUAAAACCUUUUUGAGUAUUUAUGUAGUGCCUUAGUAUAUGUUGUUAUUCAAUGUUGCAAAGAAUAAUGCCUAGUAGUUAGUUGCAGAUAGAAAUUUUGAUUUAUGGGUAAAUACAGUAAAGAGAAAGUUCAUCAGUUCAUCUGCUAAUGAAUCCGUUUUUUUUGGGGGGGGGGUAAGUUAAGACAGAUAUUGCUUGCUUUCAAUAAUUUCAAGAUCAAUAAUAUUUGUAAAAACAUUAUUCCUCUGAAUAUUUUCUGAAAUGCUGUUUGGAUGGUUGAUUAUGAUGUAAUGUUCCUGUUGCACUAGUUCAUUUCUGAUAAAAGGCAUUUCAUUUUAUUUCCAGAUAAUGUAUGUAAUUAUUUUACCAUAAAGAUGAAUGUGCUAGUUUUAUUAUUUUUGGUUGAUUCUUGUAACCGAAUUUUAUGUAGGCAUACAUUUUUUUCUGUAUACUGUUAUUUUCUUGUAUUCUUGGUAGAUCUGAAAACUCAUCAGCAUUCUUAAUAUUUUAAAUAGAAUAAAGCAAUAUUGUAAUCAUUGACAUACCCAGGUGCAUUGUUUAUUUUACCUCAAAGUUAACCAAUAAUAUUAAUUGUAAUUUAUAACUAUCAGGAAAAUAUAGAGCUUUAAAAUAUGUCAGUGUAUCUCAUUUAAACAUUUACAACAGAUGGUGAUUAUAUAAUCUCAACACUUAGGUUAAAAAAAAUAAAAGAUACAUGCACACCUCGUCAAUAUGCAUGAAUUGUUUUAUAUCUGGUUAUCAGUAAUGGCAAACAUAUUCUUGUAACAUUCAUGUAGAUUUAAAACCAAAGAAAUAUUAAAAUUUAUUGUUCUGAGAAGUUUAACAUUCAACAAUAGUAUUAAUCCCAAUAAUUAAUAGUAAGUUUAAAAACAAAUGUUUAUUCAAACUAUGUCACUUGGUUUGAAUAUUUUUACAGUUGCUACCAGUAGUAAAGAUAUUCCAAUACCCAGGUAAACGUAAAAAAGAAAGAAAGUCAGAUUUUAAAAUGGUUUUGGUAAAUGUGUUGUGCAUGUGUGGUUUGUGUUAUGCUUACCACUUAUGAUAAUUGUACAUUUUGAACAUGCAAUAAAACUAAUACAAAAGGAUAUUGUAAAUCAUGACAGUGUAUGUAAUUCAUACAUGUGUAUUGUGUACGUGUCAUAGGAAUAAUAUAUAUAUAUAUUUAUAUAUUUAUAAUUUCCAGUUUAAACUACACAUUCAACUGUACAAUGCUAGUUGCCUUCUUUAUGGUUCCUUUAAUGUUCUUGACAAUAUGAAAAAAAGCUUUUAUUUUAUCCCAUGUGUAUAAUACUUUGCAACAUUUGUGAACAACAUUCAAUUAUUGAUAUAAUUAUUAAAAAUUAUUUAUCGGUAUUCUUUUCAGUAUUUUGAAUGGAAAGCGUUAUGUAGUAAUUGACAUACCCAAAUGCAUAGUUUAUUUGAAAUUGAAAUUAACACUAUAUAUAUGAUUUACUUUCAGGAAAGAGAUAUAUAUAUAAAACAUUUCAGUUGUUAAAAACAACUAUCUUGAAUUUAAAUCUCUAGUGUUGAAAGUUACAUUACAAUAUAUUCAGAAGGGUUAGUGUUAAAAUGAAUAUUUUAAGUGAAUAAGGAAUUCUUCACAAGGACGUAGUUGUAGCCUAAACCAACGAAUAUAAUGUAAUAAAUUUCACUUUAUAAACAGAA